UUUCUCUUUAGAGGAGGUUUCAUCAAAACUCACAUUUGCUUAGGAAGAAUAGAAAUAGAACCUCUUCAAAACAGCACUCAUAGCAUUUUUUCACCACCAAUAACGUAAGUUUCUUCAAUGGGAGAGAGGGUUAAGGUUUUAUCUCAGAUUCUGUCCAAUGCAUCUCUGCAAAAACUUACCUUAGGACAAGGUGUGCUGAGGUCUAAACUUCAUCUUCUCCCUCAACACUUAGAAACAGAAAGAUCGGCAGAUUUGACGUUGUUGAACGACGUUAAUGGAGAGACUCUGUCUAUAGUCACUGCCUCGAUUCAGUCAGAGAGAGCUCCUCGACUGGUUCUCUUGCAGAAAGGGUGGAAGCCUGUCGUUAAGAAACUUCGCUUGAAAAGAGGCGAUCGGAUCAGUAUUUUUCUCUUAGAUAGAGAGACGUGGAGUUAUUCAAUUCAGGUUGAAAGAGCCGCAGCGGGGGUGGAGGCCGACCAAGUUGAUGCAGAUAUGGAUGAAGAGGUUAUUAUUGCCGCUGAAGCCCUUAUGAGCAUGGCGACUUCAGGAGGACAGCGCCUUGCUCAUUGUGAUAGAGAGACGAGGAGUUAUUCAAUUCAGGUUGAAAAAGCCGCAGCGGGGGUGAAGGCCGACCAAGUUGAUGCAGAUAUGGAUGCAGAAGUUAUUAUUGCUGCUCAAGUCCUUAUGAGCAUGGCGACUUCAGGAGGACAACGUCUUGCUCAUUGUGAGUCGAUUUUUUCUACUGUAUCCCGGGAUACAGCAGACUUCCUCGAGUCAGAGUCACGGUUAGAAGAAGAGCGACCUGCAGCAGACAGGAGCGUCCUUCUUCGCUGCAGGAAUUCAUACUCAAAUCAGUUUUCUUCGACCUCAUCUCAAACAACAGUUAGGCUUCCAUUACCAGCAUCCAAUGGUUCCGCACUUCCGCAUAAUAAUAGUCAAACCCUGUUAAAAGAUGUUCCUGUAGUGGUAGUAGUCCGAGGUCUCGUCCCUCAUUCCAGCCCGAGGUCAAGUAACUCGGGUGUCCCAAUCUACUCCCAACGUAGUCACCUUGACGGCAGGGAACAACGAGCUCAGCCGAGCUCGAGUUCAUCCCCUUUGCUCUUACUCUACAGUAACUCCGUACAUGCAGGGAUACUGCAUCGGAGUGUCUACCCGAGAACUCACUCAGGGCUUUACAGGUCUACCGAAGUAAGAGGUCAAAUUCAGAAGUACUUUGCAGUUCUCUUGCAACUACAGUUCCCAAUUUACCACAGGAUAAUCAUGCCAUUUGGGUCCAUUGGAUUCCCAUUAUCCACCCCCCCUCUUCUGGUUUUGAGUGCUGGGCGAGUCAUAAUUGGGUUACUUGCAGCAUCUGAGAUUUUUGGAUCCCUAGUGUUUCACAUAUUGCCAUUGAAUCAUCAUAACCUGUAAACUUGCAUGACUGAGCAUGUGUUAAAGCACUGCACUGGUGUGGAUCACUCUCCAUUCUGCUAGUUAUGGAACAAUAAGCUUGCAUGAAUUUUUCUGAUCUUCCUUUACUGCUCAUCAAUGCAUGCAAAUAUACGUCUCCAUGUAUCUAUUGAGAAUCCAGGUAGAAGCAACUCUUCUGUAUGCAACUGCUUGAUUUAUAUUAUAUUCUAUGCCAGAUGCUUGGGUUAUGUAACUUUGCUAUCCAAAACCUGAAGCCUAAUUGCUUGAAUAACUUUAGGAUGUCAAAUAUUGUUCUCAUUGAGCAUCAAAUAUUGUGUCAUUUUCACCCAUCUGAAUUCAUGCAUAUUUGUUGAAACUUAUGUUAUUCUAAGUGAUUACUGUGCAGAUAUUAGGAAGAAUUAUCAUCAGGGCUAUGAAUGUGCGGAAAGGGAUAGGAUAUCUGAGUUUCUCUCUCACACAACUGUAAGUUUAUUCUUUUUCUUUGGAUCUUCUCCUCAAUUAUUGGAGCUUAAACAUUGGAUCCUUCCUGCAAUUCUAUGUUUCUUCUACUUGAUUCUCCAAGUCUUCCUUGUAAGAUUUUGUUCUCAUUUUACAUUAAGAUCAGCAAAGAAGUGACAGAUUCUCAUCUUCUUUAGGUGUCCACUGGCUUGUCUAAGAAUAAUCUAUCAAGGAUGACAGUGAAAUUCAGAAAUCCCAUGGCUGGAUAUGUAUUGAAUAGACAACUUUCAUGGUA